GCCCAGCUGACCAGGCCGCUCUCCCCUUGCUGGUUGCCGCCCCGGCGUGCAGGGCCCGGACGCCGCCAUGUCGGGCCCGUUCGAGCUCUCGGUGCAAGAUCUCAACGACCUGCUCUCGGACGGCAGCGGCUGCUACAGCCUCCCGAGCCAGCCCUGCAACGAGGUCACUCCCAGGGUCUACGUGGGCAACGCGUCUGUGGCUCAAGACAUCCCAAAGCUGCAGAAACUGGGCAUCACCCACGUCCUGAAUGCUGCUGAGGGCAGGUCCUUCAUGCACGUCAACACCAAUGCCAACUUCUACAAGGACUCUGGCAUCACCUACCUGGGCAUCAAGGCCAAUGACACACAAGAGUUCAACCUUAGCGUCUACUUUGAAAGGGCUGCAGACUUCAUUGACCAGGCCUUGGCUCAAAACAAUGGCCGUGUGCUGGUCCACUGCCGUGAAGGUUAUAGCCGCUCCCCAACUCUAGUGAUCGCAUACCUCAUGAUGCGUCAGAAGAUGGAUGUCAAGUCUGCCCUGAGCAUCGUGAGACAGAACCGUGAGAUCGGCCCCAAUGACGGUUUCCUGGCCCAGCUCUGCCAGCUCAAUGACAGACUAGUCAGGGAGGGGAAGUUGAAACUCUAGGGCACCCCACCGCCUCCUCUCUAGAGGUUGGACAGGGGGAGCCCUGGCCGGGGUGUCCGUAGCUGCCACGUUUAGGAAACAAUGUACCCUGCUCCCAGCAUCACCAGGCACUUGCCCACAAAUCUGUCCCAACACCGCCCCGGGCCUCUCUCCCCCUGGGGAACAUAAAGAAGCUUGCUGAGGGACAGUCUUGCUCCCUGGUGUGUCCUGUGCCUGCGAUUUAUGGUGUCCUCGCCCUGAGGUGGGGUCGCGGAGGGGGAAGACCUGCGACAUGCCUGCUUCUGGAGGAGCCGGGGCAGGUCUGUGGACGUGUGAGGCCUGAGACGCUCACAGGGCCCUCCUGGCCUCCCCGACUCCUUACCCCUGGGUCCUGUCCUGAGUGGGGACUGUAGCACCUCGAGCCUUGUAAAGGAACUAUGCAAACUCGGGGCCCCUUCACCCCCAUGUCUGUCUCCCCUUGGCUCCUUGCAGCCGCCCAUCCCCUGCUUGCAGGCAGAGGCGCUCCGUGAAGUCUGAAGCUGGCGUGGGGGAGCCGUCAGUUGUUAAUGGGUGAAAUUCCCGCGAAGAGACCACAUUUGAAUUGCUCCCUUAGGAUUAAAGAUGCCUAGACAGACAAAGAGGCCCUCAGGCGGGCAAACAGUUCCCCCCCGAGGUCUCUCCCGAAUCAGCAGUUUCUAACAUGCGAACCCUUGGGAGGCUCGAGGUCCGAAUCCACGGGGAUAGUUCCCUGGGCCUGCUCGCAGUCACUUGGUUUGUUAGAAGAGCGAUGCCUUGGGCAUGGUUUAUUUUUCUUUUUUAGAAAACAGGGUGUUGAAGUCCAGCCUAUUUAAAAACCCCACCAUUUGGAGAAUUACAAGGGUUUUGUCCUGAAUUAUAGUGUUGGCGAGCCCAAGCCACUCGUGCUAGCUGCUUUUUGUCUCGGUUGCUAUUCUAAGAACAGGAGGAGGAAGUUGGCCAAUUACAGUUUGUGUGUGUGUGUGUGUAUGGGUGUGUGUGUGGCGGGGGGGUCUCAGAAACACAGCCAAAGGACGGACGAGCACGGAGAUGAACGGUCCCCGGCUCACGCCCUGCCCACGUACAGGUCGUUCUUAUGGCUCUCUGGUGCCAGAAAAGACACUGGCCCUUUGGAGCAAAAAUGACUCAGCCACGCAGAAAUGAAGCAUGACGGAGCGUCCAAAUGGAGCCUUUAUCGGUGGUAGAGCAAGCAAGCAAACAAACAACAAGAAACAACUUUUUUUUAGGAAUGCACUAGCUCACACAUGCGUGCGCACGUUUGUCAGAAUAUAGGAUUUUAUUUUCAACAGUCUUGUUAGAACUUUGCAUGAUUGUCGUCAUGGAAAGUGAUACAGUGCUGUGUACAGGUUCCCCAACAGCCAUGCCCCCAACACCUAGCACACAGGUGUCUGUUAGAAGUCCGUGGAAUUAAACGUGUGUGUUUUUUUGAGCACCAAAUAUAGGUAGGGCAUUGUUCUGGUGGGUGUACCAAGCUCCCAGAAUCCUGAAUUUGUGGUAGGAUCACUUGCAAAGAUUUGCAAAGGAGUCUUGCCUGAAGCGAAAUAUCAGGGACUUUUGUUGAAUAUUUAAAGUUGUUUUAAGUUCAAAUCCAGGCGGUGUUACCACGUGGAGGUGUGGAAUGUGCCUUUCUCAGUCGACCAGGAGCUUUCCGCCAGGACAAGGAGAAGCAGGCGUGCCUUUGGAACUCACUCGCAGGUGGCAAGGUCUCUGUCUCAGCGGGGCAGCACUGCGCAGCCUGACCAGCAGGGGCAGCACUGCGCAGCCUGACCAGCAGGGGCAGCACUGUGCAGCCUGACCAGCAGGGGCAGCACUGCGCAGCCUGGGCUGCACUUGUCUCUGUGACCACAGCAGCCCUGAUAUGCUGGCUGCCCAGACAGAGCCACCCAAGUGAAAUGGCCAUCCUCUAAACUCUGUACCUCAGUUUUCAGAUAACCCUCCCACUUAAUCCAACUUGAUCCUCACAAUAACCCUAGCUGGUGGAUCUUCAUGUAUUGUUACCUUAAAAGAAAAAGGAGCUGGGGUCCUGGGGUUCAGGGUGAUUAAGGACAUGACCCCCUACAUUGCCCAGUUUAAGGCAGAAUUGAUGCAAUAUUUCAGGUUUGCUGCUUCCUGAAGCUGAAUUCUUUCUCUCAUACUUCUCAUACGACACUCCUCCUCAAGAAAUGAGCCCCCCUACCCUACCCCCCCCCCCCGCCAUGUCCAGGUGUGCUGCACCUGCCCUUGACCCAGCCCAUGUGUGCAAGGGCCAGUUAGCUUUGUGGACAGAGAACGAUUCAAGCUGUGGUGCCAAGGGAGGUCUAGUGAAGGUCGAGGCAAAGUUGGCACAAAGCCAUCCGUAGUCCAGGAACAGGAGGUAAAAGACUGGGUUCGAAUGUGUGACUCUUCUUCCAGGAAACAUGUAGCCUCCCUAAGCCAGAGCUUCCUGCUCCACUUCUGGAAGAGGCUCCGGAUAUGGGGCCCAGGCAGUGGUCCCCCCACAGGACAGCCACAGCGACUUAGGAGCUCUUGAAGGCCUGUUUAUGGGGGCCUGAGGGGAAAAAGUCAGUGGGAGAAUUAUUGCCUUUACUUUGGGACUACUUUUAUGCUGAUAACUGGGAUUUCUUGACAGUCUGUAGGCUCAGAACCCCCAUAUUUACUUCACAAGAUUUAGCUCCUAGUUCUUCGAGUCAAGUAACAUCAAAUUCUAUCGUGUAAGAGUCAACACGUGCCCAGCACUGAGGGGAAGCUGUUCCUGGGCAGCUUUACCCCUGGGAAGUGAUGGACUAGGAACUCAGGGUGCCCUCACUCCCUCCCCUGACCGGAUCCCUUUCUUCGACUAGCAGACCCCCAAAUUAGAGCACCAAGCGUCUCCUCUAUCUAAAGCAGUACACGUGCCACCGGCUGGUCUGUUUCCCUGCCACUCUGAAUUACCUGGAGAGCAUAAAUCAGCAUCUGCAAAACAAGGGGACUCUGACAGGAGGGUUUUCUAAGAAUCCCCACUUGGAAUUGACCACCACCUGAAAGUUAGAGGGUCUGUCAUAAUAUGGUGACCGCCAGGUGGCGCUGCGUUCCACCCGUGGUGAGGGAUGAUUUGAAAAUGAAUGUUGGUGCCUUUUGUGUCACAAGUUAAUGUUAAGAUGCUAAUGUUUUAAUCAGAAUAAGCACUGAUCUUAUAAUAAAGAUAUAAGCUUUUCUCGCAGGAGAUUUCCUGUUAUAAAACCGGUGUCAAGUAUCACGGAAGAGCCAACGAUGAUGGUCCUUCCAAGUCAAGAUUUUAUUCUGAUUGGGUUAGAGGCUGUCUCCGGGGGAGAGAGCAGAUUGGCCGGAAGCUUACCUUCCCUCCUGUCAGCUUUCAGGGUAACCUGAUUGUGAAAGUAGCAAAUUUUCUGGACAGAAAAGGGGGAAGGUAUUAAAUGGUUUGUUUUUUUAAAAUAAGUUUAAUGUCUGUUAUAUCACAAAUCAGUGUUAAAAUACUAAUACUGUAACCAAAAUAAAUGUCUUAUAUUACCAA